AUAACCAUUUAAUCUAAUACUGCACAUAACUAUUUUUAGCAAAAAGAAACAUUAUGAUGGAACAGAGAAUUUGAGAAUGAUUGGAAAUGAUUGCAAAAUCUUAGAAGCAAAUAUAAAUACUUUCCUUACUGUUUUUGUUGAGAAUCAAGGUGUUUCAUGGCAGUCUCAAAAAAGUCAAAAAUUAAAACAUAUCCUUCAACUUUACAAUGCAUGGGCUGAUUUGGCUCAGGAUGUUCGUUCCAUUCACCAUAAUCCUGAUCGAAUAAAAUCCUUCAAUGUUCCUUCAUAUUUUCAGCUAUUUCUACAUAAUGCUGGAACAAAUAAAAUUUCGAAAAUGCCAUAUAUGCAUUAUUUGAGAAAUCAUCUUGGUAUAUUAAUGGAAACAUAUUCCAAGUUGUUUAAAUGGGGGUAUGGAUACUUUAAUGCUAAUGCAGAAGAACAUUUAAAUAAGCAAAUAAAGUAUUAUGAGAUUUCACAUACUAAUCUUUGCAAAAAUCGAUUCUAUACAAUUAUUCAUUUAUUGAAAUUUAUUGGGGGGGGGGGGGGUGUUUAA